AUGGCCUUGAAAGAUACAAAACUUGAAGUUACUUUGCCAAAAGCUACGACAAUAACGGGAGUCGUCGUGAACUCCACUAAAAAUGAAAAUGAAGUUAAGCUUUUUAACUGUUGGAGCUUUCAAGACCUCGAGAUAGGUGAUAUCUCUUUGAGUGACUACAUUGGCGUUCAUGCAUCAAAGCAUGCAACCUACGUACCACACACAGCUGGUAGGUACUUGGUUAAACGAUUCAGAAAAGCUCAAUGUCCAAUUGUCAAGAGGCUUGCACACUCAUUAAUGAUGCACGGUCGAAACAAUGGGAAAAAACUCAUAGCAGUUAGGAUCAUAAAACAUGCAAUGGAGAUCGUUUAUCUCCUCACUGAUCAGAACCCAAUUCAAGUCAUUGCCGAUGCUAUUGUAAACAGUGGACCUCGUGAAGAUGCUACCAGUAUAGGCUCAGCUGGUGUUGUUAGGCGUCAAGCUGUUGAUAUUUCACCUCUCCGCCGUGUGAAUCAAGCCAUCUAUCUAAUAACCACUGGUGCUCGUGAACCUGCAUUCAGGAAUAUUAAAAGCAUCGCCGGAUGCUUGGCCGAUGAGCUUAUUAAUGCUGCAAAGGGAUCAUCCAACAGCUACGCCAUUAAGAAGAAGGAUGAAAUUGAAAGAGUUGCCAAGGCCAACCGUUGAGGAAGGAUUUUGGAAGAAACAAAUUACACCAUGGCAUUUGGAGAAUUUUUU